UGGGAUAAACUCCAUUACAACGCAUCUAUCUGUCUUAAGUAAAUUCAGUAUAAAGGCGCACUUCAACCCGGUAUCACGUUCAUUAAAGUGCCGGCGAAAUAAUAAUUCUGAAUCGCGCCAUUCGUUGCGUGAAAAGUGAUUGAUUGAUAGAUUCAGUGCAUCUGAGAGGCAAAUGUGAGGUAUUCAUCAUCUAAGAAGAAGCAUAAGAGAGUGACGUCAAAGCGACGAUGACCGGUUGCCGAAGCACGUUCGGGCUUCUUCAGCUCGGCGCAUUUCGCAAGGCAAGGAACCCUUGGAGGACCGUUUGAUUUGCGAGAACCGGGUUCCAUCUGCCUCACGCGAGACCCGCCCGCCGGCCAAUGAGCGCGCAGGCCCCGAAGAUGGCCAAGGUGGCCGAGUGGGGCACCCAGUCUGCGCCUCACCUCAAUACAAGUGCAUCCAAGUACUUAUCUGCAAGUUGCUAAGUACCAAAGUGACCAGGAUAAUUAGGUGCGUGACGAAUCAGCGAUCAAUCGUUCGUAUAAAUCAUCGACCAAGUGAUCACUUUGAGUUAGUUGAGGUUGAAGAGUGACCGGGGACACAUUCGCAAUUAGAUGGUUUUGUUCUUGUUGUUGUUCUCAGUUUGGGGCUGAAUAGGAACACGAGCGCGGUACGAGUCGGAACAUGCACUAGGAUGGUGAAGUUGUAGUGAUGAAGUUGGCUUUGUGAGGCAAUGAAGUGGUGUGUAGUGGCGGCAGUUUCGCUAGGGCUGGUGCUCGGGGCGCUGGCUUGCGGCCCGGGUCGCGGAUUGGGCAGGCGAGGUCACCCUAGGAAACUCACCCCUUUGGUCUUCAAACAGCACGAGCCAAACUCGCCCGAGCACAGUCCGCGAAGCAGUGGCCCCUCUGAGGGUCGCGUGGGCCGAAAUGAUUCCCGGUUCCUCGAACUGGAACCCAACUACAGUAUGGACAUUGUUUUCAAGGAUGAAGAAGGAUCCGGGGCCGACAGGCUCAUGACUGGGCGCUGCAAGGAGAGACUGAACACGCUGGCCAUCUCCGUUAUGAAUCAAUGGCCGGGCACCAGGCUGGUGGUCACUGAAGGCUGGGAUGAGGAAGGAGAACACGCGCCCGAUUCUCUCCACUAUGAAGGGAGAGCGGUCGACAUCGUCACAUCGGACCGGGAGAGAUCAAAGCUGGGAAUGUUAGCCAGAUUGGCCGUCGAAGCCGGAUUCGAUUGGGUGUUUUAUGAGAGCAAGAGCCACAUUCACUGCUCGGUUAAGUCUGAAUCCGCCCACUCCGUGAGAUACGGAGGAUGCUUUACAGGCGACAGCACCGUGUUAACAUCAGGCGGUGUGAGGAGGCGCCUCUCUGAGCUUCAAGUAGGCGAACGAAUCCUUGCGCACGAUCCCUCAACCAAAAAAUUAGUGUUUAGUGAAGUGAUCCUGUUCCUAGACUACAACCCGACUGAAAAGCGGGAUUUCCUAAGUGUAAACCUAAAAUCGGGCAGAACCUUAACAGUGACGCCUAACCACUUGGUGAUCUUGAAAGAUGGGCGGACGGUGUACGCCGGUACCCUCAAAGCAGGUGACCAUUUGUUAGUGAGUGAUAGUCAGAACAAUUUGAGUGAGGACCUCAUCGAAAGUGUGACGGCGGUUUUUCGAAUCGGCGUAUACGCCCCUUUAACCAAAGCCGGCACGGUGGUAGUUAACGAAGUGGUCGUGUCUUGCUACGCCACGGUGGAUAAUCAAAAAUUGGCGCAUUGGGCGUUCGCUCCUCUGCGGCUAGUUUGGAAUGUUAAACUGGCAAUGCAGAGGGUGUGGCUGGUUCUGAAUAAACCGAUCCAGGGAUGGACGGGGUCUAUACAAAACCGACAAUCUCCUGCGGUGGGGAUACAUUGGUAUGCCAAAGUACUCUACGCCACAGCCAACUACUUAAUUCCUGCUCAUUUGGACAGAUACUAAAUGUGCGCAGCUUCCCAUUUGACAGUUACCAAUGUUCGCGCAUCACUUAUGCUUAAAAAGGCGGGGGUUUUAGUUCCAGUGAAAGCUACUUAUAGAGACUGUUAGAGGCAAGCAGCUUCCUCAAACAUUCGACUCAAUCCAGACCGGGUUAACUGUACCGAAAAAUCAAACAUUCCAUUCAAUUGCUGUUAUGCUCUAAUAUUCUAGACCCGAGUACUUAAUGUAUAUACUCUUACUUAAAAAUUAAUCAAAGCAAAAACAGGGCGAUUUGCGCAAGACAGCUUUCGCAACUCAUUCUGUAUGUGUUCCAGUGCCUUUUCCAUAAAGCAAUAAUUGUAAAUACGCCAGACUGUAAAAUUGCUUGUUAAAUUCGAUGGUUUGUAUAUAAUAGAAUGUAAAAUUGGUGGCACGUUUAGUCCAUGUGCCACCCCACUAUUUAUAUAUUUAUGAAUUAAUUAUUUCUGUUAUUAAUAUAAAGUUCCCCUUUUUAAAAUACCAGACAAGCUGAUUUGUCAGAGCCCGUUGUCCAUGUAAGUAGUGUAUAAUUUUGUAUAUAGAACAUGUAAACUUGUCCAAAAAACUGUACAUUGGUAUUAAUUUAUGUCUUAUUGUGUUAUAGCUAUUUAUCCUAAAAAAAUUUAUAUGCAGUAUGAAAUACAUAUAUGUAAGUCUGAUAA